AUGGAGGAAGAACUAAAAUGCCCGGUUUGCGGCUCCCUGUUCAAGGAGCCGGUCCUCCUGCCCUGCUCCCACAACGUUUGCCUGGCGUGCGCCCGGAGCAUCAGCGUGCACACGCCGGACGGGGAGCCCUCCGCCGCGGCCGUGCAGCAGAGCCGCGCGUCGGCUGCCAGCUCGGACUACGACUACUUGGACGUGGAUAAAAUGAGCUUGUACAGCGAGACGGACAGCGGCUACGGCUCGUACACGCCGUGCCAGCUCAAAUCGCCCAACGGGGUGCGGGUUUUCCCCGCCCCGCAGCACCAGCAGAUGCAGCGGCUUUGCUCGCUCACCUGCCCGCUGUGCCACCGCAGCGUCUCCCUGGACGAGCGGGGGCUCCGCGGCUUGCCUCGGAACCGGCUCCUCGAGGCCAUAGUGGCUCGCUACCGGCAGACUCGCGCCGCCUCCGCGUCCUCCGCCUCCGGAACGGCUAAAUGUCAACUGUGCGACCGGAACCCGGUGGACGCGUCGGUGAUGUGCGAGCAAUGCGACGUGUUUUACUGCAACGCCUGCCAGCAGAGGUGCCACCCGUCCCGCGGCCCGCUCGCCAAGCACCGCCUGGUUCCGCCGCCUCCGCAGCGGCCGGGACAGGCGGGACAACCGCCGGCCACCGCGCGGAAGCCGGCGACGUGCGCCGAACACGAAGCGGAGAACUUCGUCAUGUACUGCUGCAACUGCAGGGCGCCGGUGUGCGCCAAGUGUGCCGAGGAGGGACGUCACGCCAAACACGACGUCAAGCCCAUCGCGCUCAUGUGGAAGCAACAUAAGUGUCAACUCUCGCAGGCGCUAAACAGCGUCUCAGACAAAGCAAAAGACGCGAAAGAGUUCCUGGUCCAUCUCAAGAACAUGCUGCAGCAGAUCCAGGAGAAUGGCGUGGAGUUCGAGGCUUGCCUGGUGGCUCAGUGUGACUCGCUGAUCGAGGCUCUGACCCGACAGAAAGCCAAACUGCUUACAAAAGUCACCAAGGAGAAGGAAUACAAGCUAAAGGUGGCGCGUGAUCAAAUCACCCAUUGCACCAUGAAACUGCGUCAGACUACGGGCAUGAUGGAGUACUGUCUGGAGGUGCUAAAGGAGAACGACCCUAGUGGCUUUCUUCAGAUUUCAGAUGCCCUGAUUAAACGCGUGGCGUCAUCUCAGGAUCAGUGGGUCAAAGGCAACCUGGAGGCCAAAGUGGGCCCCGAUUUUCAGCUCACCCUCAACACGGACGCUCUGCUACAAACCAUUCUUCAGCUAGAUUUCUGCCAGGGCAAAGACGUGCAGGACGGUCCCUUAUUGAAACAAAUGCAGCAGGCAGCAGGCAGUGCUGAAGCUGAAAUCGACACACAAAGCCCAGGAGUGGAGUCUGGACCUCCAGUGCCGUCAGCUCCGCUCUUGCAGUUAGAGAAGUGCUGCAGUGGCAACAACAGCGCCACCCUGGCUUGGAGGGUCACAGCGCCACAAGCAGCGCCCAUCGAAGGGUACAUCCUGGAACUUGACGACGGCAACGGAGGGCAGUACAGGGAAGUGUACGUGGGUAAGGAGACUGUUUGCACAGUGGAUGGUCUUCACUUCAACAGUGUGUACAACACUCGAGUCAAGGCCUACAACGCUGUCGGUGUGGGGCCUUACAGCAAGACCGUGGUGCUCAAGACCUCUGAUGUGGCCUGUUUCGCUUUCGAUCCCACCUCGGCUCACCGGGACAUUGUCCUGACUAAUGAGAAUCUGACGGUGUCGUGUAACAGCUACGACGACCGCGUGGUGCUCGGGACUGCAGCCUUCUCCAAGGGUGUCCACUACUGGGAGGUUUUGAUCGACCGCUACGACAACCACCCGGACCCUGCGUUUGGCAUCGCUCGCAUUAACACGGUGAAGGACAUGAUGCUAGGCAAAGACGACAAAGCUUGGGCUAUGUAUGUGGACAACAACCGCUCCUGGUUCAUGCACAACAACUCGCACACCAACAGGGCAGAGGGCGGCAUCACUAAGGGCUCGACAGUGGGCAUUCUCCUAGAUCUGACCAAGCACACUCUGACUUUCUUCAUCAACAAGGAACAACACGGACCGACUGCCUUCGAGAACUUAGAUGGCGUCUUCGUGCCUGCCGUCAGCCUCAACAGAAACGUCCAGGUGACCCUAUCAACAGGCCUGGAGGUGCCAACGGACCUCAAACAGUAG